UUAUAUUUCUUCUGAAAAACUAAUUUUAUAAAUGUUUGAUAUAAAAAAAAAUGGAGAGCGACCUUUAUUCUCUGAAAGGAAGAGUGAAAAGCCCCGAAGGGCUCUAUCACCCCCAUUUAUGCUCUCAUGUUUAUAUGUACUAAUAUAUACCAUCAGUACAAGUUCAAAACUCUCGAUACCUAUAUAUAUAGUAAAGAAUAAACGAACAGUACUUGUGAGAAAUAUAUUAAAGUGUAUUUCAAAAGUAUCGUAACUGUCCAUCUAGUGGUUAAUAAAUGAUUUAUUCAGAGUGGGUAUAAAGGCCUAAACGCACAAUGCCAGGCAACAGGUAAUAGGAACAGAAAUAAUGAAAGAGAGAAAAGAUCUUCUCUCUUUUUCUCUUUCUUUAUUUCUUGUUCCUGUUGCCUGUUGCCUGGCAUUGUGUUUAGGCUUUUAGACGCCGGCAACCGCCUCGGAGUCAAAACGUUAAAUGGGGAAAGAGGCAGAGGAGAAAGAGACGCUCAGCCGCGAACGUAGCCGAUCGCAGCCGAGCGCGCGUGCCUCACGGAUAGGGGGAGUGCGUGCGAUGUGUGCGUGAGCGUGCCCGGGCUUGAAAUCGCAUCACAGUCCACAGAGCGGCACUAGUGGGCACUAGCGUGUCUGGCGUUUGGCGUAGUUGGUCGUUGCACGUGGUGUUGUGUCUUACGAGGGACAGAAAACCAUACGGGAAAAUCUGAUACUUUGUCCUGCAAAGGACAGAAAUCCAACGGGAAAAAGAAGAAGGAAGAACCAUACGGGAAGGAGGUCAUAGUAGGUGUAAUAGUGUACAUAAAAGCAGUGCAGCGACGAUCAGAACCAGGCCUAAAGGCUUUCAUACACUUUCAUAUCUGCGGUCAGAUGCCGACGGAGAUCUAUAAUCAGGAGCGAGCUAAAUUAAAAUUAAGAGAGAUCCAAUUACGAGUGGAGGAAUCUUUGGAUCUUAAUAAUGGGGAUCUUAACCCAGGAAUAAUGAAAACGCUCAAGUGUAUAUUCAAGAUCAUCGUGACAUUCACAUAUGCAUUUAUAUUAUACGACUUAACGUUUAAAAACGGAGCGCAUCUUAAAAACUAAUAUGGAUAUCGACUCUGGAGAAGAUAAUACUGCAAAGGGCAAAGACGAUCCAGCAUACAGAGAUUUCCUGUUGAACAGAAAAUCAUCUAACUACUACAGGAAGUUUACGCAGUGUUCAUGCAAUUAUAAUGAAAGCAAGAGGGACAGUAUUAUAUAUACUUAUAAUAAAGACGAUUCGAAGAAAAUAAAGUUUAUGCUCAAGAAGAAAAUAAAGAUGAUCCUUUGCAGCUUAUUUCUUAUGGAAGAUGAAGAGAUGUAUUAUGAUAAAGGUCAACUGGUUUACAAAUAUGAUAAGGUAUUUACAGACCAACAUCGUGAGAUUGAAUUCGAGAAUUUUUAUUUGAAUAUAGCUCGAUCGGAGAAACGGCGGGACUCGAAUGCAUCUUCUACGUCUGUUGAGAAGCGGCUGGUGAUCGAGAAGAUACCGGCGGCUACGAGUCUACCGGAAUUGACCGGAAUCACGGCCGGCGUCAACGAAUUCCUCGCAUUUAAUUAUUUUAAAUUACAGUUUUAAUAUUUUUAAUACACUUUCACUAAUAUAAUUGCGUCGUAUUUUAAUUUUUAUAUUUUACUCUAAUUGUAUAUAAGACCAAUGGAUACUUUCUUGUAUGAUUAUAUGAAUAUUUAAAAUUAUAAAAUUAAGAGUGACAAAAGUUUAAAUAAAGAUUUUUGUAUUUUUUUAAAUUAUACGGAUCAUUACAGACAUAC